GAUUGUGGAGAACCUACAAAAUAUGCUCAAGUUGUAUGAUCCAAAUUUUCCUAUUUUCUUCGGCAACAAGUUGAAGAAGCCAAAUAUUUCUCAGGGUUUCAUGAGCGGAGGCGCUGGGUAUGUGUUGAGUGAGGCAGCCUUGCAGGUGGUGGUGGUGAAGGGUCUCACCAACACACACUUGUGUGCUACUACUCAGUCAGGCAGAGAGGACGUAGAGCUGGGCAGGUGUCUGGAGACGGUGGGGGUGCUGGCUGGAGACUCCAGAGAUCACCUGGGAAGAAGUAGGUUCCUCUCAUUCACCCCGGGGACGAUGCUUCGCCCUGGAGGAAUUCUUAGUCACGGUCACGCCUGGUUCCACAACCUCGUCUAUUACCCCACAAAGGAGGGUCCGUCAUGCUGCUCCAGCACUGCUGUGUCCUUCCAUUAUGUGCAGCCAGAGAUGAUGUACACCAUUUACUACCUGGUGUAUACGCUACGCUUGGCUCAGCCCGACCACCUGCCACCACGCCUUCCACCAGACAAUAAUAGCAUUCCUGAACAGGUGUGAUAACAAUUUGUCCAAGGCACUUGUCACUAAGACACUUGGGCUGCUGCCUGCUUAUAUAUAUGUACUCACCUAUUUGUGGUUGCAGGGGUCGAGACAUAUCUCCUGGCCCCGCCUCUUCACUGAUCGCUACUAGGUCCUCUCUCCCCCUGCUCCAUGAACUUAAUCAUGCCUCGUCUUAAAACUAUGUAUGGUUCCUGCCUCCACCACAUCACUUGCCAGACUAUUCCACUUCCUGACAACUCUAUGACUAAAGAAAUACUUCCUAACAUCUCUUUGACUCAUCUGAGUCUUCAGCUUCCAA